UCUCUCAGGGCUUCAGAAUUUCAGCUUCUCUGACUGGACUCUGCCAAAUAUGAAGUUCUUUAUCUUUGCCUUUAUUAUGGCUCUCAUGUUUGCCAUGAUUAAAGCAGAUUCAUCUGACGAGAAACAUCACCGGAAAUGGCAAAAUCGGGAGAGAGAGCAUUAUGGUCGAAAUCGGCCAUAUUACCCGUAUGCACCAAAUUAUCCUGCAUAUCCAUUAAAUUACCCAUAUGCUUAAAACGCUGCUCAGCAACCACAGGACAUGAUUACAGAGGUUUGGUGAAAAAUCCCAUUUGCUUUGUACUCACGACGAUUCUUCCUAUUCUUCCCGCUAUGUCCACUUCCCAGCUUUCACAGCAGAAAAGAAAAAUUCAAUGAAGUAGUUACAUGAACACCACCAGCUGAAAUCAAAUAUCAGUAUUUUUAAAACAAUAGUAAUGAUAUUCUCUGAACUAUUUGAUUGGUUUCUACUUUCCUUUCUCUGUUAAAAUAUUUUGAAAAUUAAAAAAAAAGUCCCACGCAUAAUAAAUUGAUCUAUCA